CUGAUAGGCCGGUCCUGCCAUGUGGGGCGCAGGGGCGGUGCUUGUGGCGGCGCGAGGGGGUCUGGCUGACUUGUCAGCCAGGUGUGGAUGGGUGCAUGUGGGCGCUGCGUUCGCUGCUGCGUCCCAUCGGCCUGCGCACCAUGUCGCAGGGUUCGGCUCGUCGGCAGCGGCCACCCAAAGACCCGCUGCGACACUUGCGCACGCGGGAGAAACGCGGCCCGUCCUGGGGGCCCGGGGGCCCGAACACCGUGUACCUGCAGGUGGUGGCGGCGGGCGGCCGCGAUGCGGGCGCCGCUCUCUACGUGUUCUCCGAGUACAACAGGUACCUCUUUAACUGCGGAGAAGGCGUCCAGCGACUUAUGCAGGAACACAAACUGAAAGUCGCACGCUUGGACAACAUAUUUCUGACUCGAAUGCAUUGGUCAAAUGUUGGGGGGUUGUGUGGAAUGAUUCUAACUUUAAAGGAAACUGGGCUCCCCAAAUGUGUUCUUUCUGGACCUCCACAAUUGGAAAAAUAUCUAGAAGCAAUCAAAAUAUUUUCUGGUCCAUUGAAAGGAAUAGACCUGGCUGUGCGGCCACACUCAGCACCAGAGUACAAGGAUGAGACCAUGACUGUUUACCAGGUCCCUAUCCACAGUGACCGGAGGUGUGGCAGGCAACAGCCAUUGCAGAGCCCAAACAGGUCUCCCAACAGGCUGAGUCCAGAACAGUCAUCAGGCUCUGUACCAGCUGAAAAUGGGCAGCACCUUCCAGAUUGCAGCAGUGCAGGUGUCAACGGGAGAGCAGGUGGCAGGGACCCUUCCUUAGUGGUAGCUUUUGUCUGCAAGCUUCACUUGAGGAAAGGAAACUUCCUGGUGCUUAAAGCGAAGGAGCUGGGCCUUCCGGUUGGGACGGCCGCCAUUGCCCCCAUCAUUGCUGCUGUCAAGGAUGGGAAGAGUGUCACUUACGGAGGAAGGGAGAUCGCUUCUGAAGAGCUUUGCACGCCCCCAGAUCCUGGUCCUGCAUUUAUCGUGGUAGAAUGCCCUGAUGAAGGAUUCAUCCAGCCCAUCUGUGAGAAUGACACCUUUAAAAGGUACCAGGGAGAGGCCGAUGCUCCUGUGGCCCUGGUGGUCCAUAUUGCCCCAGAACCCGUCCUCACUGACAGCAGGUACCAGCAGUGGAUGGAAAGCUUCGGGCCUGACACCCAGCACCUGAUUCUGAAUGAGGCUUGCUCAUCGGUCCACAACCUUCGCAGCCACAAGAUUCAAACCCAGCUCAACCUCAUCCACCCUGACAUCUUCCCCCAGCUCACCAGCUUCUAUAGUAAGGAGGAAGGCUCUGCCCUCAGCAUUCCCACAGUUCGGGGUGAAUGCCUCCUCAAGUAUCAGCUGCGGCCCAAAAGAGAGUGGCAGAGGGAUACCACACUCACCUGCAAUACUGAUGAAUUCAUAGCCGAAGCCUUGGAGCUCCCCAAUUUCCAGGAGAGCGUGCAGGAGUAUAAGAAAGGCAUGCAGGAAAGCCCAGCCCCAGAAGAGAAAAGAAGCCAGUAUCCUGAAGUUGUCUUCCUGGGUACAGGGUCUGCCAUCCCAAUGAAGAUUCGAAAUGUCAGUUCCACACUUAUCAACUUAAGCCCUGACAAGUCUGUACUGCUGGAUUGUGGAGAAGGCACCUUUGGACAGCUGUGCCGUCAUUAUGGUCAGCAAAUAGACAGAGUCCUGUGCAAGCUCGCUGCUGUGUUUGUGUCCCACCUGCAUGCAGACCACCACACGGGCUUGCUGAAUAUUUUGCUGCAGAGAGAGCAUGCGCUGGAGUCUCUGGGAAAACCCUUCCAGCCUUUGCUGGUAGUGGCCCCUACCCAGCUCAGGGCCUGGCUGCAACAAUAUCACAACCAGUGCCAGGAGAUCCUGCACCACAUCAGUAUGAUUCCUGCCAAAUGCCUUCAGAAAGGGGCAGAGGUCUCCAAUCCCCCAGUUGAAAAGCUAAUCAGCUUGCUGUUGGAAACAUGUGACUUAGAAGAAUUUCAGACGUGCCUGGUACGGCACUGCAAACAUGCUUUUGGCUGUUCGUUGGUACACUCAUCUGGCUGGAAAGUGGUCUAUUCAGGGGACACCAUGCCCUGUGAUGCUCUGGUCCAGAUGGGGAAAGAUGCCAACCUCCUGAUACAUGAAGCCACUCUGGAGGAUGGCUUGGAAGAGGAAGCGGUGGAAAAGACACACAGCACUACCUCCCAAGCUAUUAAUGUGGGGAUGCGCAUGAAUGCCGGCUUCAUCAUGCUGAACCACUUCAGCCAGCGUUACGCCAAGAUCCCCCUCUUCAGCCCUGACUUCAAUGAGAAAGUUGGCAUCGCCUUUGACCACAUGAAGGUCUGCUUUGGAGACUUCCCGACAGUACCCAAGCUGAUUCCGCCACUGAAGGCCUUGUUUGCAGAUGACAUCGAAGAGAUGGUAGAGCGCAGGGAGAAGAGGGAGCUUCGGCUGGUGCGAGCAGCCCUCCUGGCCCAGCAGGCAGACGGCCCAGAGGACACAGAACCCCAGCAGAAGCGGCCCCUCACGGAGGAGCCACACAGCCCACAGAGCAAGAAGGUCAGAACCCAGUGAAGGUCUUAGCCAUCCUGGACUAAAGGCUGUGUUCCUCUGCCCAGUAUGGAAGCCACAUCUUCUGUCAUCCUGGUGGGAGCCAGUGCACACGGUCUAGCCAGCAGGCAGCCUGGAAUCAGUGCACAGUCCUCUGUGGCCAUGGCUGAGGGGUGCCUCCCGUGUCCGGAGAACACAGUGGCAGGACAGGAGGCCACACAGUGGAAGACAGCAAACCAGUCUUGAAAGAAGUCAUGGAGAUGAGGUGUCUGCCCUCACUGUCUAGCACAGGGGUUCCCUCUGCCUGCCAGAGUCAAGCCAUGGUACAGGUGAAAUUGGUUAUGUGUCCCAGGCUCCAAGAAUAGUAUUUCCAAAGACUCAGACUCAAUAAAGCUCCAGUUUGGAAUCCUGAGUUCUUUGGCUUCACUGUGGUACUGCUUCGGUGUGGGGGUCUUCUAUGGCUGGGGUACCUAGUGUGCCCUGCAUGCUCCAGUGGCCACCAGCAUCUGUGGAGCCUGCUCUCUUGCUCCAUGAUGAGAACAAAAAUCACUAUUAAAGUAUGAAGAAGCGUCACCUUGGCCUAGAUGUGCUGUUGGAUCUGAAAACAGGUUAGUGACUGAAACUCGGAAGGAUUUUCCAAGUCGACUUUUAACGUUUCUAUAUUCUCCCCACCCAGGAGAGCGCAGAAAGUGCUUUAGACGCUCGGUUGUGAGACAGAAGCACUUGGCCUUCCCUGGUGGCCAUCUUCGGACUUCCUCCUGAGGCAGCACAGGAUGCUGUAACUGCCCAGACGCCUUUACUGAAACAAGACCAUGUGCCAAGCUCAGGGAUAAUAAAUCUAUUUUAAUAACAUUA